UGAGUUGGUUUGGAUUGGAAAGGCGAAUACUGGCUUUCCGAUAAGGCCGCGAGAAAACUGAAAAAAAAAAUAUAUAAAAAGAGAGAGAGAAAAGAAAGCCCAUUAGUUUCAAUUUCACGAGAAAGCUGCGGAAGGAGACAGACCCAAUUACGCUUACCCUUACCACAAUUCAUUCAUUCAUUCGUUCUCUUCCAUCUUCACGUGAUUUUUCUCUCUGCCUUUCUCAUCUGAAUCUAACGAUUUCUCUGGAAUUUCAUCGCCACAAAGAUCGAUCAGCAUGAAGGAGAAGGGCAAAGAGAAGGAGACAGAGAAGAAGAAGUAUCCGAUCGGAGCUGAACAUUACCUUCUCUACGAAGAGAUUGGUCAGGGCGUCAGCGCUUCUGUUCACCGUGCGCUCUGCGUUCCCUUCAACGAGGUCGUCGCGAUCAAAAUCCUCGACUUCGAACGUGACAAUUGCGAUCUGAACAACGUGUCUCGUGAGGCGCAGACAAUGAUCCUGGUGGACCACCCUAACGUGCUCAAAUCACACUGCUCCUUCGUGAGCGAGCACAAUCUGUGGGUGGUCAUGCCGUAUAUGUCGGGCGGCUCGUGCCUCCACAUACUCAAAGCCGCUCACCCCGACGGGUUUGAGGAGGUUGUGAUUGCGACCGUUCUCAAAGAGGUGCUGAAGGGUUUGGAGUACCUUCACCAUCACGGCCACAUCCACCGCGACGUCAAGGCUGGCAACAUUCUCAUCGAUUCACGCGGCGCCGUCAAGCUUGGCGACUUUGGUGUUUCCGCUUGCCUUUUUGAUUCUGGUGACCGCCAACGCACCAGGAAUACAUUUGUUGGAACUCCUUGCUGGAUGGCACCCGAGGUCAUGGAGCAACUCCACGGCUACAACUUCAAAGCUGACAUCUGGUCAUUUGGUAUUACCGCCUUGGAGCUUGCUCAUGGUCAUGCUCCUUUCUCAAAGUAUCCACCAAUGAAGGUACUGCUCAUGACUUUGCAAAACGCACCCCCUAGCCUUGACUACGAAAGGGAUAAGAAGUUCUCUAAGUCGUUUAAGCAGAUGAUUGCUAGCUGCUUGGUAAAAGAUCCUUCAAAACGACCCUCUGCAAGCAAGUUGUUAAAGCAUUCCUUCUUUAAGCAGGCUCGCUCCAAUGAUCAUAUUCGAAGGCUCUUGGAGGGGCUGCCUGCGUUAGGUGAUCGAAUGGAGGCCCUAAAGAGAAAAGAAGAGGAUAUGCUCGCACAAAAGAAAAUGCCUGAUGGUAAGAUGGAGGAAUUAUCACAGAAUGAAUACAAACGAGGAAUUAGUGGCUGGAACUUCAAUCUCGAAGAUAUGAAGGCUCAGGCUUCCUUGAUCCAUGAUUUCGACGAUGCUAUUACCGAUAUGAAUCAUGCAGCAAGUUCAAGUUCUUUAGCUACACUUGAUUCACAAGAGAAACCAUUACCGAGUGCAUUUCACAACCCUUCUCGAUCUGUUGAUAUGCAAUUUCUUAAAUGGAGUAGUUCUAAUGCCUUUGGUUCACAGGAAGAAAAUGAUGAGAUGCGAAAUCAAUCAGCUUCUGUUUCUGCAAUUGAUGCCAAAACUAGGCUUGAAAAAUCCAACGAUGACUCUUGCAUCACCAGUUCGAGCCAUGAACCACAAAUUAAUUCAUCCUGUAUCGAUAAUCACGUGGACAAUAAUUUGGGUGAGAAAUCUGACAACGAAAACGGUGGAAGAUUGGUGGACGGGACGUCCACCCAUCUUCAUCAUAGAAGAGGAUGUUCAUCGAGCAUCUUACCCGAAGUUGUCUUUCCACCAAUUCGACCAGAAAGUGAUAAACCGCAAAAUCUGCUCCAGAACGGUUCAAGUUGCAAUGCAACUUCAGUUCCACAGACAGGAGAGGACGUACUUACUGAACUUCCAUCAAAAGUCUCAAAAUCACCAGCUAAUUCUGAUGACCCUGAUGAGAAAUCGAAAGUGCCAGUUGUACAGCAGAGAGGACGUUUUAAGGUUACAUCUGAAAAUGUUGACCCAGAAAAGGUGGGCCCUUCUCCUGUACUGCAAAAGAGUCAUAGCAUGCAGGUUUUUAGCCAGCAUAAUGUUGCUUCUGUACAACAACCAACUUUGCCAUUAUUACCAGCAUAUGAAGCCACAUCAUCAAAUCUUUCGGGUCACGCCGUGUUUCCCAUAUUGCACUCUGUACUGCAGACAAAUAUUCUUCAACAGGAAAGCAUUUUAUGUUUAAUGAGGCUUAUUACUGCCGGUGACUCUACAGCUGAUGGCUCAUGUACCCUAGCUCAAAUAGCAGGAACUGAAAAAUCUUUGCUUGAAGCUGCUCAGGAAAGGGAGAAGGAGUUACUUAGUGAGAUAACUGAUUUGCAAUGGAGGCUUAUCUGUGCUCAGGAGGAGCUUCAAAAAUUGAAAACAGAAAACGCCCAGGUGUGAUUGCAGUAUGGUGGAUGGAGGCGGGAUUAAACUUUAAGCUAAGGAAAAAAAAAGAUCCAUACAAAAAAAAGUUGGUAGAGUAGAUAUGAAGUGGUAUACUAUUUGUAGGUUUUUUUUCAAUCAUUUAGAUGAUACAAAUUUUAUCAAUAGUUUUUUCUUGUUUAUAAUUACUCUUGUAAAUUCUUUUAGCAUUAUUUGCUGGAUAUAAAUUUCAUUUCCA